AAAAACUCUUCGUCUAUGAAAAAUUGCCGACGGUUGUUGGUUUGUGUUUAUAGAAUUGCACGUGAGGUUAAUUAUUCAAAAAAAGGUUAUCAUUAUGGUCAAGUUAAAUACAGCUACGGCCAAGACGCGGAGCAGAAGUAGGGCCUUCAUUCCCACAGUGGACGCAAUCAACCAGGAUAAAAUUACUCAGCUUUCUCAAAAAUAUUGGGCAAGCAAUAGUUCAGAUCCACACCUUCCUUUCGACCAGUCGGUUGUAGAUGAUCUUUAUAUUAAUGAGGUUGUUCAGUCAAGUUUCCAUACUCGGAGAAUUGCUCUGUUGGAAAUCAGUCAGUAUUUGGAAAACUAUUUGUGGCCCAAUUUUGACCCAGCAAACUCAACUUUCUCCCACAUCAUGUCCAUGGUUUGUAUGGUGAAUGAAAAGCACCGAGAAGGCGUUCCAGUUUGGAAGGCGUUUGAAGGAGAUGCUGACAAAUUUGGAAAAUUUAUUUAUCGAGUCCUGGAAGGGCUUCUGGAAGAAGGGAGUGUUAGUUUGAAAGAAGGGUGUUCCAUGAUGUUAUUUUUGCAGUGUGCAUUUUCAUCUUUGGAAAUUGAUUUAGUUCGUAAACAAAUUCAAACCUUGGUGUCUCUCCAUGUUUGGCAUUGCCUGUCUGAGGGUCGAAGAGAAGAUGAAUUUCGUCGAUAUCCUAAAUGGAAAAAGUAUUGGAAGUCACUCCUUAAAAAAGAAGAAAAUGAAAAUGACGACAAGAAAUUGUUAAAUCAGUUUUAUCGUUCGUUCGUCAAAACUUUAGUUGUAAACUUCUUGGAUUUGCUAGAUGGACAAGAUUAUACACAAGCACAGUUGGAUAAAGAUUUCUUACUAUAUGCUGAACGCUUCAUGGAAUUAAUGAUUGAUUUGCAAGCGUUACUACCGACUAGAAGAUACCUAAAUGUUCUUAUUGACGAUCUUCAUUUAAUUGUAAAAUGUCAAAUGAAUCAAAUACUUGAGCACGGAGACGGUCACCUCUUCUCACAGCUGUUGGACCGAUUGAAAUUUUAUGCCAAUUUUGAGAUUUGCAAUGAAUCUGGAGACCCCAUGACCGAGUUGGAAGUCAUGAACGAGCACUACAAAAAAAUAACAUCGCUUCAGCAAACCGUAUUUCAAAAGUUUUCAGAGCUUCGACAAUUUGCUUUAAGCAAUGUCAACAGUGUCGACACAAAAGCUGCUAUAAUGAAGUCAUUUAAAUCACUUAACUUUGAUGAACUGAAGGAGUUGGCUGGUUGUAUCAAUCUUAUUGAUAAUGUGAAGAAGGAGGACGUCUCUGUUCAGUUUUUACUGGAGGCUUUAGUAUUUAGAUACGAACGUAGAGUAUCACAAAUUAAAAGAUUAAAUUCUAUGGCACUUUACCCAACGGAAGAAGUGAUUUGGGAUGAAAAUGUGGUCCCUGCAGACUAUCAUAGUGCAUCCGGACAAGUUUUGGCCCUUCCAAAGUUGAAUUUACAAUUCUUGACUUUGCACGACUAUUUGUUAAGGAAUUUUGACUUGUUCCGACUUGAGUCAACGUACCAAAUUCGCCAAGACAUUGAAGAUGCUGUAUUCAGGUUAAAACCUUGGAGGGCAGAGGAUGGAUCUACCUUAUUCAAUGGUUGGGCUCGAAUGGCUUCGCCCGUUGUCCGAUUUGCAGUGAUUCAGGUUGCAAAGCCAAAUCUGGGGGAAAAUAGACCUUCUCGUGUGCGAGCUGAUGUCACUGUGAAUCUUAAUGUUCGAACAAACAUUAAACAAGAAUGGGAAUUAUUAAGAAAACAUGACGCAUGUUUCUUGGUCACUGUUAAGCCUCCAAACCCUCAACCUCCUUCUAAAUAUGACUUCAAAGGGGAUUUCAUUUCUCAAGUUGGGCUUGUUUGCGUUCGCGGUUGUGAAAUUGAAGGAAUGUUGGAUGCUAAUGGUCGAGUCAUUGAAGAGGGUCCUGACCCUCGCCCUCAUAUACCUGGUGACACACGAACUUUUAGAAUUGUUCUGGAUCCAAACCAAUACCAGAUUGACCUGGACAAUAUUGCUCAUGGAAAAGAGGAUGUUUACGAAACCUUCAACAUUUUCCUGAGACGGAAACCUAAAGAAAACAAUUUUAAGUGUGUGCUGGAAACUAUUCGAGACCUAAUGAAUAUUAACUGUGUCGUUCCCGACUGGCUACAUGAUGUCAUAUUAGGAUAUGGUGACCCAAAAUCAGCCCACUAUUCUGAAUUGCCGAAUAAGUUAAACAAAUUAGAUUUUAAUGAUACAUUUUUGGAUGUCAACCAUGCCAUUGCCAGCUUUCCUAAUUACAAACCGGAAAUGAAAGGAAGUUCUACCUCGAGGCCUAUAAGGGUGACGUUUGAAGGUGAUGAUGGUCAAGAUUCUGAGAAAAAAGUAGUUGUGAUUGAGCCAUAUACUAUUUUAUCACGUGGACCUUAUCCAACCAAUCAGCCAAAUCUGAAUAAAAUUCAGUUCACUCCAACCCAAGUGGAAGCGAUUCGUAGUGGGAUGCAACCUGGGUUAACACUGGUUGUCGGUCCACCUGGAACUGGUAAAACGGAUGUCGCCACACAAAUUAUAUCCAACAUCUAUCACAACUUUCCUGAUCAAAGAACUUUAGUUGUGACUCAUUCGAAUCAAGCUUUGAAUCAACUGUUUGAAAAAGUUAUUGCAUUGGAUGUUGAUGAAAGACAUUUGCUUCGUCUUGGUCAUGGCGAAGAAGAAUUGGAAACUGAAAAAGAUUUCAGUAGGUACGGCAGAGUUAAUUACGUCCUGGCCAAGCGUUUGGAUUUACUGGUCGAAGUGGAGAAACUUCAGAAAUCACUAAAUGUUUGCGGUGAUGUUGCUUAUACCUGUGAAACUAGUGGAUUCUUUUUUGUACACCAUGUUUUGCCCAAUUGGGAAAGAUUUUUAAUAAAAGUAAAAGCAGCCAAUGCGAGCGUGGAAGGAAAUGUCGAGGUUAUUGGACAAAGCUUCCCAUUUGAUAAGUUCUUUGCUGAUGCACCUCAACCGCUAUUUAAGUCAAAAAGUUACGAACAAGACAUGGAAAUAGCAGAAGGAUGUUUUCGAUAUAUUAAGCGGAUUUUUGAGCAACUUGAUGAGUUUAGAGCAUUUGAAUUGCUUCGUACUGGACUUGAUAGAUCUCGAUACCUUUUGGUUAAAGAAGCCAAGAUAAUUGCGAUGACAUGUACUCAUGCUGCACUCAAGCGUCGUGAACUGGUGGAUUUAAUUUUCCAAUAUGACAACAUUUUGAUGGAAGAAUCUGCCCAGAUCCUGGAAAUUGAGACUUUUAUUCCUCUGUUGUUACAAAAUCCUGAACAAGGGCGAAUUCGUCUGAAGCGUUGGAUUAUGAUCGGAGACCAUCAUCAAUUACCUCCAGUUAUUAAAAAUAUGGCUUUCCAAAAGUAUGGCAACAUGGAGCAAUCUCUAUUUGCUAGAUUCGUUCGACUUGGCGUUCCUGCGGUCGAAUUAGAUGCACAAGGCCGUGCACGGCCAAGCAUUGCUCAAUUAUUUCAAUGGAGAUACAAGAAAUUGGGAAAUUUACCCCAUGUCGCUUCUCAGCCAGAAUACCUUCUAGCUAAUCCAGGGUUUGCAUACGACUAUCAACUCAUAAACGUGGCUGAUUUCAAUGGAGUGGGCGAGUCGGAACCAAGCCCGUACUUUUUUCAGAAUUUGGCCGAAGCAGAGUAUGUUGUUGCAACCUACAUGUAUAUGCGAAUGCUUGGUUAUCCUGCCGAGAAAAUUACCAUUUUGACAACUUACAACGGACAGAAGGCGUUAAUCAAGGAUAUUAUUGCUGCAAAAUGUGCGAAAAGUUUAUUGAUUGGUGAACCCCACAAGGUUUCAACUGUGGAUAAGUACCAAGGCCAGCAGAACGACUAUAUAUUGUUGUCGUUGGUUCGAACAAAGACUGUUGGACACUUGAGAGAUGCCAGACGAUUGAUUGUUGCCUUGUCUCGAGCACGUUUAGGAUUAUAUAUUUUUGCUCGUAUUCCAUUGUUUGCAAACUGCUUUGAGAUGACGCCUGCAUUCUCUAUUUUAAGUAAAAGACCAGACAAGCUGCAUCUUCAUGAAAGGGAAUUUUUCCCAACUGAACGGAAGGCAGAUGUAAAAUUCCACGAGGAUCCAGUCGUGAUUAAGGAUAUGCAACACAUGGCUCAGUUUGUGUAUGACAUUUAUAUGACAAAGCUGGAUGUCUAUAGAAAGGAGGAAGCGGAAAAGAAAGAGAAACUACUCCAAGAAAUGAGAAUAACUGCUGAAGCAAAGCGACAAGAAGAACCCGUUCCCAUUAAAUUUGACGAAGAUGAGGCAAUGAAUACUGUAGUAACUCCAAUUGUAGACGAAGUGGCUAGUUCCACAAAAGACCAAGUCGUUUCUGAAAAUGAGGACGACGAAAAAAUGGAAGUUGAUUCAACAAUAGAGACUGAAACCACCACCUAACAACAAUUAGUAUUUUAUUGUAUCUUGAUUUCAUGUUUCAUAACAGUAAUUAUUUUACAUUCUUGAUAAUUUUGUAAUAUAUACAAGGAAAAUUUCAUAUAAUACGAAAACA